CCAUCGCUAAGCAACCCGUUAAAAGGCUACUCCAUGUAUUAUUAAAUACGCACUCCUUUUGAGCAUAAUGUCUUGGGGUUUGCUUAACAGGGUUUGUGUUGUACGUCAAGGGAAAAGAGACCUUAAAACACUACUAGAACUUCGCAGCCCAUGUACAUCGACGCUAGCAUAGAGUGGGACGCGGACGUGGGCAGUUCCAAUCGCCGGGGCAAUAUGACCUGCUAAAACGUCAAAUUUAAUACAACACUGAAUGAGGGGGUUACCUUUUGGAAAGAACUCCAUACUCAACAAAAUCUGCCGUGCGCAAAUAAGUUGAAUGGAAGUUCUACACAUUGCAAAAGAAUAGGAGAUGCAUCAAUCUUUAGUUAGAUGAACUCUAAAGGUAAACAAGGAUUGGAAUCCCACUCACCUUUAACCUACAGACACAUAUUUCUGCUAUCCACAAGCAAGUGAAAGAGCGUCACGCAGUCAAAGAAGAGAAUCGAAAACAUUCGGACCAUUAAAUUGACGUCAUCACAAGACUUCCAUAUUGAAGAAAAUAGCUGGGAUUGCAUGAGAUAUUCAUUUUGGAAUAAAGACACAUGGCGGUACAUUUAUAUACGGAAUUCUAAGACGAAGCUUGGUGGGAGAUACGGGCAACAAUAAGCGGUGGUACACAAAUGGAAAAUAUACAACUAAGUAUCCAAUUGAUGAAUAAGAUCACCAAAUAAUAAGGAGAAUUCCGCGUUUCCCAUCUUGAGAACUGUCUCCUAAUUACCAUGGAAUAAAAACAACACCUUUUGGAAAAGAAUUAAUUAACAGGAAAAGUCAAUCCAUAACGCUUAAGGGAAAAUCAAAGACGAAAAACACACUUUGCUAUUCUUCCUAUAUGCAGGCUCGACCUAAAUUCGAACAAGACGAGUGAACUAAAAAAACGCCGCUUUAUUACAAUAGAUAUUUACUAAGCGUGAAGAAUAGCACCUGGAGUAGUUAGUUGUGGGCAAGCCUGUAAUCGCCUAAAGGUAAAGACAGAUCUCCCGAUAAAUACAUUGAAUCUCAAGCAGAGCUAGAACCUUAGCACGCGAAAUUGACCAUAAAUCACACUCCGUGAAUAGAGAGCAUUUUGAGGGGUGUGGAAGCGCGUUGUCUCAAAUGACUUCAUGGCGAACCCUACGAACUAUGCUUCUGUCACCGAUACGGAAAAGCUCGUCAAGCUGAUACUGUAUAUCAUAGCGCUGAUAGUCGGGGUUACGGGUAACUCGUUAGUACUCGUCAUACUCGCUCGCAAGUCGCGGCGAGUCGUCAACGAUUUUUUUAUCAUCAACUUGGCCGUGGCGGAUCUCACUUUGUUGAUAUUUUCUGUGCCUAUUACCGUGUUAUUCUACGAGGAGUCUCGAUUCACAGCCUUCGUGUGUAAGACUGUCUGGCCGAUGAUGACGAUCGCGAAUAAUGUCAGCAUCUUCACCCUCACCAUCAUGGCGGUCUGCCGGUGUCACGUGAUUUUGAACGCGUUUCGUCCGGAUAUCCAGCAGACGACGGUUGUGCGCAGCAUUGCACUUGCGUGGACUCUUGCCGCCUUUUUGUUGUUACCGCUGAUCAUAGUUGCAGAGGAGAAUCCAAAAGGCGCGGGUUGUGAGGAAAACUGGACAAAUCUAGAAUCUCGUCGUGCGUAUACCGCCUCGCUUGUAAUACUCCAAUACGUGUUACCACUUGUCGCAAUUGCUAUUGCAUACGUAUGGAUCGGAGUGGACCUCUGGAAACCGGAGCGAUACAUGGCUACUUCCUGGGCGACACAAGACCGCAAAGGGCGCGAAAAGCGGCGCAAAGAAAAUGUGCAAAUCGUGAAGACUUUGGCAACAAUAGUUGUACUUUUCGCCAUUUGCAUGUUACCAGGGCACAUAGCAUGGAUGCUGGCAGACUUCGGCGGGAAGUCGGAAAACAAUGUCGCUAUGAUAAUUCUUCGUUUCUUUGACUUGCUUGUUUACGUACAUAGCUGCAUGAACCCGAUCGUUUACGGAACAUUGACAAAGUAUUUUCGACGGGAGUACACGAGGUAUUUCAAAUUCGUGUUCUGCUGUAAUGCUGAGCUCAAGGCGUUGCACCAUUCAAAGUCUCACCAUCGCUCCCACGAGCAUAUACACGGAGUGACGCUUUAAAAUGUCUAUUGUUCUCUGCGACCUUUAACAACGGCGACGACAGAAAGGAUAGCACUGGCAACAGCGAUGGCGACCAGACAAUUGAGUUUAAGGAACUGCUUCAAACAACGAAUAUGAUCUGCUUAAAGAUCUGCUAGUGUCGUGUGUAUCACAUAAGAGACGGUGAAUAAUGGGUAAACCUUUGUAAAUCAUUUGUCUCGUCUGUUUCUGACCUGAACAAAGCAACACGUUGCCCUGAUUGGCUUGCCAAGUUCUGUUCAUAGUGAGAGCGAGGUACUAGUCUAGCGUGUGUCGCACUGUAUAAGGUGACCAUCCUAGCGUGUGUCGCACUGUAUAAGGUGACCAUCCUAGCGUGUGUCGCACUGUAUAAGGUGACCAUCCUAGCGUGUGUCGCACUGUAUAAGGUGACCAUCCUAGCGUGUGUCUCAUAAAUAAUCAUUUGACUACCAGGUUGAGAUAUAAAGAUGACGGUAAAACUUUUACCCACACAACGAUCUUCAAGCAAUAACUAAGAAGAAAUAAAGACGGGAACCGGUUUAGCGCGCGCAUAUGUUUAUUAUUUAUUCAUGUAAUGUUUUUGACAUCUCGAUCUACGUCACAAAUGACUAGACUUUUUCCGAACGUUGACCAAAAUAGCGCGUUUUAUAGAGUCCAUACACGAACCACAUACCAUUUGGAAGAUGAAAAUGUAAAGAAUUGACCAAAUCUUUCAACCCUGAAAGGUCAUAUGGACUUUAAAUGCAGUCGAACCUCUAUUAGGUGGCCCUCGCGGUCAACCUCUAUUCAACGGUGAUUUAUCAGUCCCGAAUUUUCCCCCUCAUUUCUACUGUAAAUGUGACCUCUAUGGAGCGGUCACCUGUAUUAAGCGGACGCGGUCACCAAAGGAGGGUCCCAAUCGGCAGAUUUUUUUUUAUUUUAUCUCUAUUAAACGGUCACCAUCAAUAUUUCCCAGCAUGACAACAGAUUUUGCACGUCUAUCUCAGACCUGAGUCUCCAGGUUUUGCAGCAAAUCUCCAGGUCUCCAGGCUAAACGCUAAAUCUCCAUGUUAAGUAAUAUUUUCGGAGACUCUGAGUUGUAAUUGCCUGAAAACUUCGUUAUAAUGAACACAAUGUUUUGAAAAGCACAACGUGUGAGUUUGUGAGUACUUUUUUUGCGAAACGGAAACAUUGUGAAGGAGAUGCAAGACCGUAAUAGGAAUAGAGAAUGUAUCAGCUGAGUUGAUUGGUCAGUUAUAAGCCAA